AUAUCAGGACCUGGGAGGAGUUGACAAAACAGUUCGAAUCACAUAUCUAUAAAAACAUAUGCAUUCUAACAGUAGUAAAUUUUUAGUUGUGACGAACAUUUAUUACACAAGUUCGUUAAAAUGAGCGAUACGCCUAAGAAUUUGCAAGUCAAUCCGUAUUUCGUAUUUCUCGCCCAGUUUCGUGAAAAUCUCAAAUCACGGGGCUUGACGAACAUUAAAGCCACAACUGUGGCUCAAAUGGCUGGUAAGAAGUGGCGACAAAUGAGCGACGCUCAGAAAGCCAUAUACAGUGGGAUUGCACAAAGGAAUCGUGAAACACGUUCGCGUGGCUACAGCGUUUAAGCAUAAAUCUAAAAAAAAUGUUACACAGAGACAAUUCAAAAUUAUAUUGUUGGCGCGUCUAUUUCGGCACAGUAAUCGUUUUUAGCCAAUCGAUGACAAAAAAAGCAUGUUUAUCAACACUACCCAAAGGCGACAACACAUUUUCCAUAUAGUAAUCCAUUUGCAUGAAAUUAAAAUGAGUUCCGGAUUUGUUACUGAAUCCGAGGCAGCAGAAGCACGCCAACGUCGCCAGGAAGAAUGGGAACGCGUACGGCAGCCCGAGGAUCCUAUGGAGAGACCCGAGGAACCGUACGACGGACGCUCGCUAUACGACCGCUUAAAAGAGCAGAAAACAAAAAAGGAUAUGGAAUUUGAAGAAGCGCACAAGCUGA